UGUGGGGAGGUGCUGCUCACAGCUCCCCAUCCCAGAACCGCUGCCGGCCCCUGCUGGGAGCACCGUGGUUCCAGGGGGCUGCGGGUGAGCUGUGCGUCGGGGCUGGGGAAGAAAACCCCCCAGCCAAAGUGUGAUAUGGGCACGACAGGACUAAAGAACGUGUGUGCUCCCAUAUGGGAUCAUCACCUCCAGUUCCUUGCUGGUUUCCAGCUCAGCUGAUCCCACCCCGCAACACCUCACCAUGUUCAACGGGGACGCCGGCCCGUCGGCGGGCAGGAAUGUGGUGCGCAGCUCCAGCAUCAGCGGGGAGAUGUACGGCGUGGAGAAGAGCGCGCGGGGCAGCGCCGACUCCGUCAGCAUCACGGCCAGCAAGAAGCGGCGCUCCAGCCUGGGAGCCAAGAUGGUGGCCAUCGUGGGGCUGUCCCAGUGGAGCAGGAGCACGCUGCAGCUCAACCAGAGCGAGGGUGGCCCCAAAAAGCUGCGCAGCAACAUCCGCCGGAGCACCGAGACCGGCAUCGCGGUGGAGCUGAGGACCAGGGUGACCCGGCAGGGCAGCCGCGAGUCCACCGACGGCAGCACCAACAGCAACAGCUCCGACGGCACGUUCAUCUUCCCCACCGCACGGCUGGGAGCCGAGAGUCAGUUCAGUGACUUCCUGGACGGGCUGGGCCCGGGGCAGCUGGUGGGACGGCAGACUUUGGCCACCCCCCCGAUGGGCGAUGUCCACGUGGGCAUGGCAGACCGCAGCGGGCAGCUGGAGGUGGAGGUGAUCCAGGCACGGGGCCUCAUCCCGAAGAUGGGCUCCAAAUGCAUCCCAGCCACCUACGUGAAGGUUUACCUGCUGGAAAACGGCGUCUGCCUGGCCAAGAAGAAGACCAAAGCGGUGAAGAAGACCUGCGACCCCUCCUACCAGCAGGCGCUGCUCUUUGAGGAGAGCCCCCAAGGCAAAGUCCUGCAGGUGAUCGUGUGGGGCGACUACGGGCGCAUGGACAGCAAGUGCUUCAUGGGCAUGGCUCAGAUCGUCCUGGAGGAGCUCGACCUCUCCAGCGCCGUGGCGGGCUGGUACAAACUCUUCCCCACCUCCUCUCUGGCCGACUCCAGCAUCGGGCCGCUGGCACGCCGCCUCUCCCAGUCCUCUCUGGAGAGCUCCACCAGUCCCUCCUGCCCAUAGCCGGGCAGGGAGAGCCAUCCCGACCCCAGGACUGUGCGUGGAUGGCUGUAAAUAUCCCAUCCUUUUUU